AAGUGAAGAAGACGAAGAAAUUGUACAGAAAGCUUUUAGUAGAACGUUUCAAGAUCCAAGUAACCUUUCGGAAAGGUUCAUAAAAUUUAUCGACAAGUGUCUAGAUGAUUACGAAACGAUAAAAGGUUAUUAUGCGCCAUACACAACCUUAGUUCAAGCCAGUGGCACAGGAAAAUCCAAAUUAUUGAUAAAUGUUGCAGAAAAGAUAAUGACUGUAUAUUGUUGUUUGCGGGACUCCAAAUCAAGUGGUUAUCCAUUCAGAUCGGAUAUUGCUAACAUACUAGUAAGAGAUUUUAUGAAUGAACAAGAAGCCAUUGCUACCUACCUUGCAUACAUAUGCGCAUGUUUUCAAAAGAUGCAGGAAUUUGAUAGAGAUUUUAAGGAAUGGAUGGAUUGGCAUACCAAUAAAAUUUCGCAAGAGAAAUUUUGGAGAGAUGUUGAAAACAGAAUGGGAGAUAUCAAGUCCCACCUUAUGAAAUGUUCUAAGGAUAGCGAGACGACUGAAUUGGUCAAGAAAUAUUUAGUUAAAAAAAAACACAUAGAACGAAAAGGUUCAGUUAAAUACCUGUUUGCAUUCGAUGAAGCUCAUACACUUAUUAGUAAGAAUGAUGGAAAUAAGAGCGUUGGAAAAAACUCACUGUUCUACUACAUUCGACGUGCUUUAAUUCUUUUACCCAAAGAAGCAGGAAUUUUUGCAAUCUUUACAGACACACAUUCAAACAUUUCGAACUUUUCACCUGUUUCUUACCUCGAUCCAUCUAAAAGAGUUGCGGAAGAAGGGUUUAUAUUAUUUGAGCCGUUUUAUUUGUUAGACACUGUGGACAUGAAUGUUAAUUUUAAAAAAGUAAUGACAUUAAAGGAAUCUGCAGAUCCACAACAUUUUUUUCAAUACGGAAGACCUUUGUGGGGUGCGCUAUUAAUGCCUUCUAGUGAUACUAAAGGAAUGGAAUCAGAACAUAUUAUCGAAUUGGCCAUGGACAAACUUAUUGGCGGAAAAUUUUUCAGUGUUUGGAAGAAAGAUUUGAAAGAUUCCCAAAAGAAAAUUGAUAUUUUGGAGACUUUGGCUAUUCUUGGACCCCGUUUAUGUAUCGAAGUAGCGCCACAAUCUGGAUAUGCGCCUGAUCUAAUAGCAAAUAAUAUGCGUCUUUGUAUUAAUAUCUUAGAAGAUCGUAAAUACGUUGUUACAUCAAUGCCUACCGAACCAGUGCUGGCAGAGGCUAGUGCUCGAAUAAUGAAUGAUCCACAUGUCAGCCUCACAGAACUUAUUAAUCAGCUCUCCGAAGCCUUAAAAAAAGGCGUAGUAGAGGCCGGUUAUCGUGGAGAGCUUACAGCUAGGUUAUUACUGCUCAAUGCCUGGGAUUGUUGUAUCAAAAAAAAGAACGAGAAAGAAAAGAGUUUUGAUGACACAGAUAUUAUUUUCCGUUUCGUGACUAUUGAAGAUUUUUUAAGAUCAUUACUCGCGGACAAUGUUUAUGAGAAAAUAGAGAACCGCCUUGAAAAGAAA